AUGGCCACUAAUGGUGGAGACAUUAAAACCGGGGACGAAGAACAUCUGUUACAGUCAGACACCGGGCCGCCUGUUCCUCUCGGAGGUUCGCUCCGGCGUCCUGGACCCAGCGCCGGCCGCAGCGGCGACGAGCGCAAGGAGACCUGGCCGGCCUCGGAAGGUGCCGGAGAACGACCCCAGGCGAUCUACGGCGCCGUGGAUCCCGGCCCGGAGGAACCAUCGGUGGCCGACGAGGACACCCUGCAGGAGGCCUUCCUGGAGGAGCAGAGCGGCCAGCGGCACGGGCGGUCCAGGCAGCUGGCCGCCGCCGUCGCGGCCGUCCGGGAGCGCCGGGGAGGAGCCGCGCUCGUCGUCCACGGCCGGCCCGGCGAGGGGAAGACCACCUUCAUGGCCAGCCUGGUGACCCAGCUCGCCCUCGGCGACCAGGAGAGGCGCUCUGGGCCCACCGACCUCCUCUUCCACUUCACGGCGGCCAGCGAGACUUCCCAGGAUGGCGCCAGCAUGCUCCAGCGCCUCUGCAUCUUGCUCGACGACAGGCUGAAAGGGCAGCAGGAGAUCCCGCGGAGUUACAGAGGUCUUGUGUUGAUGUUCCAGUCUCUGUUGGAACGUUUUGCGCACUCUCAGCCGCGAGGGUACUUGGUGCUGGUGAUCGAUGGGGCUGACUGUGUCCGCACUGGGAAUGACCAACGCACAUCGGACUGGAUCCCGGAGAAAGUGCCAGAUCGGGUGUCCCUGGUGCUGAGCGUUACUGAGGACUCGCCUCUGCUCCGCACCCUGGCCAAGCACAGGGGGACUGUCACCAUCCGCCUGGGCCCGCUGGAGCCGCUGGACAGGUCGGAGAUCGUGCGGAGGAGACUGGCCGUCUACGGGAAGAAGCUGGAGGAGUCGGCAUUCAACAACCAGAUGCGGCAGCUGGUCAUGAAGAAGGAGUCCCACAAUCCUCUCUUCCUGAAGCUGGCGACUGAGGAGCUGAGAGAGUUCGGAGUCUUCGAGAAGGUCUCGGAUCAGAUCCGCGCUCUGCCGGCAACGCUGCGUUUGUUGAUCCAGCACGUCCUCGGGUGCCUGGAGGAGGAGCACGGAGCCGAAACGGUGACCCUCGCCCUGAGCGCGCUGAGCGCCAACGAGAAAGGCCUGCGGGAGAGAGUCCUUUACUCCAUCCUGUGCACCCGCAGAGGGCUGCGCACAGGAACCCCCGCACUCACCUGGGAGGAAGUGAUGCAAGAGGCCCUGAAGCCGAGCAGGCCCGUCCCCAUGGCGACCUUCAUCCGGUUGAUGCGGAGCCUCCGGUGUAUUAUGGGGGUCUGGGCCCCCGCAGAGACACCCAACUCUCGCCUCCGCCUGUCCAACACUCUCCUGCGGGCGGCCGUGCAGCAGAGGUACCUGAGGAACAAGAACGAGGAGAAGCAGCUCCACCUCUUCCUGGCAGUUCAUCUCUGGAGACUGACGGACCCUGACGAAAACGGAACCUUCACUCACUGUGACCCCGAGACACUAGGUGAUCUCCCACAACAUCUGAUCCUCGCUGGGGAGAUUUCCCGUCUUGGCUCCCUCCUCACCAACCUGUACUUCUCAUCCCUGCACGUGCGACUUGGCAUGCUGGCGCAGCUGAUCACAGCCUUCAACCUCUACCAUGCCGCAGCCUCCGGAGCCGCCGGGAGCGGGGGUCCCCUCCCCGAGGUCGGGCCUUACCGGGACUUCGUCGCCGCCGUCGCCAGCCUUCCGGCCCUCUCCCGGGAGCCCGCCCUCUUCUGGCAGCAGGCCCUGAACCAGCCCGACGCCUCGCCCGUCUGCCGGCAGGCCCACGCCGUCCAGCCCCUCCCCCCGCGCCGGGAGGCGCCGGGAAGCUUUAGGCUCGUCGAGUGGACCAACAAGCCGCAGGCGUCCGGCGGGACCGAGGGAAAAUGCGUUACAGCUCUGCCCGAAUCAGUGGAGUUGAAACUGAAGCUUCGCAUCAGAUAUGAAAAUGUCACAUGUGCAACAGGUCAAUAA